AUGAACAAGCAUAUUCUCAACGCUCAAGUCUCCAUCCGGGCACCUUGCUGCAAAAAGUUUUUCGACUGCCCCGAAUGUCACGCCGAAACGCAAGAUCAUCCGUUGGCAAAGACGAUAGAGAUGGCUUUUAUAUGUAAAAAGUGUAAAAAGGCUUUCCGGAAAGAUAUGACCCAUUAUGAAGAGGCAGAUGAAUAUUGCCCUCAUUGUGAUAAUCACUAUGUCGUCGAGGCGAAAGAACCUCAAGCUAUGAUAGGUGUAGAAGGGGAAGAUGCUCGUGUUGACGCUAGGAUGAUCAAAGACGAACGUGUGAAAUCUUCAAUACCUCGGAGUAUGUUUUCGGAACGAGACGUUUCUGAUAAGAUUGGAUAGGAGAGGGGAUCUCGUUUUAUUCUGUAUGCAUAUACUCAAUACAUUCG